CGACGUCCGAUCGCCGUAUACAGCCUAACAUUAUUGCCGACCUGUCGUCUUCGCCGUCUAGCAGGCACCGUCCGAUAACUAUUACACAAUAAUACAAUAUCUGCCGGCAUAUCGAUUCGUCCGUCGUCGUCGUUAGUUGUACGCCAGCAGUUGCCAAGUGCGCCGCCCGGUUUUCUGGUCAUUUUCUAUUUUUUUUCGUUUAUUUCAUCAACCACACUCCUGUCGCCAUGUACAACCUCAGCCGACUAGGACGUAACGUUUCGGAGAGUGUCCUGAGGACGGCGUCCAUGUCCUCUGCUCGUGGACUUCACGAGAUGCCAGAUCACCUUAAGGAUGUGCCCACAGCCGAGAACCCGCGGUUCUUUGACAUGGUGGAAUACUUCUUCCACCGUGCCUGCCAGGUAGCUGAGGAUAAGCUUGUCGAAGACAUCAAAGCCAAGAUGUCCGUGGAAGACAAGAGGAAAAAAGUCAAGGGAAUAUUGUUGGGUAUGCAGCCGUGCGAUCACAUACUGGAGACAUCUUUCCCAGUUCGUAGGGACAGUGGUGACUAUGAGAUGAUCACAGGUUACCGUGCACAACAUAGUACACAUAGAACACCAUGUAAAGGAGGUAUUCGAUUUUCAUUGGAUGUUUCCCGUGAUGAAGUGAAAGCUUUAGCCGCUUUGAUGACGUUCAAGUGUGCAUGUGUUGAUGUACCAUUUGGAGGUGCAAAAGCUGGCAUUAAAAUAAAUCCAAAAUUGUAUUCAGAAAAUGAAUUAGAGCAAAUUACCAGGCGGUUCACAUUGGAAUUGGCUAAAAAAGGAUUUAUUGGACCUGGUGUAGAUGUACCUGCACCAGAUAUGGGAACCGGUGAACGUGAAAUGUCAUGGAUAGCUGAUACAUAUGCUAAAACUAUUGGGCAUUUGGACAUUAAUGCUCAUGCUUGUGUAACUGGUAAACCAAUUAAUCAAGGUGGAAUUCAUGGUCGUGUAUCAGCAACUGGUAGAGGUGUUUUCCACGGAUUAGAAAAUUUCAUCAUGGAGGCCAAUUAUAUGAGUUUAAUUGGUACCACGCCUGGAUGGGGUGGAAAAACUUUUAUUGUUCAAGGUUUUGGUAAUGUUGGAUUACAUUCAAUGCGUUACUUACAUAGAGCAGGUGCUACAUGCAUUGGUGUAAUUGAACAUGACGGUUCUAUUUGCAACCCAGAUGGGAUUGAUCCCAAAGCAUUGGAAGAUUGGAGAAUUGACAAUGGCACUAUUUUAGGAUUCCCAGGUGCUCAGCCAUACACAGGUGAAAACCUUAUGUAUGAACCUUGUGAUAUAUUAGUUCCAGCUGCUACUGAAAAAGUCAUAACUUCCGCUAAUGCUCAUAAGAUCCAAGCAAAAAUUAUUGGUGAAGCUGCUAAUGGCCCAACAACCCCUGCUGCAGAUAAAAUUCUUAUAGAAAGAAAUAUUUUAAUUGUGCCAGAUCUAUAUAUAAAUGCUGGUGGUGUAACUGUGUCAUUUUUUGAAUGGUUAAAGAAUUUGAAUCAUGUUUCUUAUGGCCGCUUAACAUUCAAAUAUGAGCGUGAAUCAAACUACCAUUUAUUAGAAUCUGUGCAAGAGUCAUUGGAACGUCGUUUUGGUCGUGUGGGAGGAAGAAUUCCUGUCACUCCUUCUGAAUCUUUCCAAAAACGUAUUUCGGGAGCAUCUGAAAAAGAUAUAGUGCAUUCUGGAUUAGAUUAUACAAUGGAACGUUCAGCUCGAGCUAUUAUGAAAACUGCCAUGAAAUAUAACUUGGGUCUUGAUCUUCGUACUGCCGCUUAUAUUAACUCAAUCGAGAAAAUUUUCACUACUUAUAAAGAGGCUGGACAAACUUUCUAAUUUUUUUGUUUCUACUGUUUUGGUGGGAGCUUAGGAGUUUAUUUGUUGACAAACAAGCCAAAUUCAUAUUUUUAACCACAAUACAAUUUUAAUUAUUAUUACCAAAUUUAUAUAAAAUUAAUCAUUAAUAAUUCUAAUAAAAAGGUAUAAAUAACUUUCCGUGUGAACAAAAUUAAUCUUUUAAUCAAAACAUGCUUUUAAAAAGUUCCUUUAUAGUAACAAAUCAAUGUCCUUAUUUUGUAAAAUUUACAUACAUGAGUCUUCAUUUGAGUUCUUAUGAAUAUCAAAUUCUACAUAUUUCACAAUAUUGAAUUUGUACUUAAAAAUAAUUUUACAGUAUCAGUAUUUUUUGAUAAUAAUAAUUAAACUUUGCAUUAUUAAAAACACAGCUACAGUUGUAGUUGUAUUGUGUAGUCCUAAAUUUAAUGAAAUUAUCAUUUUAUGAAUUUGGCUAGUUGUUUUCUUUAUAUAAAAAUAACGAAAACACCAUUUAACUAUAUUGACUUAUUUUGAAGUUUAUAAAAAAUUCCAAACCAUUUUUUUUCCUUUUUACUUUUAAGAAAAGAAGUAUACGUGUUUAUUCAGUAUUGUAUAAUAAAUUAUUAAAUAUUUAAUUUUAUAUUCUUCAAGUAAAUGUAAAAUCUAAUUAAUACAGAAAUUGAUUUAAUUAAAUAUACGAGUACAAAUUGCUAAUUCAUGCUCAUAAUAUAUCACAAUAAUUUUAAUACUCGUGUAACUGAAAAUGUGAGUAAAUUAAUGUUAUUCUCUAUUUUAUAAGAAAUAUUAAAACCAUAACUUUCAAUUUCUUAAUUUAUAUAAUUUAAAAUACUGUAAAAUAACAGUCAUCUCAUGAAAUUGUAGAGAAAUAAUAAGUUUAAAAUUGUUAAUAUUGUUUUGGAAUUUGUUUUAUGUUUUUAGUUGACAAUAUUAAAAACUAAAGAGUAUUAAAAAUAUUUGUUAGAAAUUGUAAUAAAAUUAUUAUUUAUUUAUAACCAAUUCUUAUUAUGGAAACUAUGAUAAUACAUUCAUGUUGUUAAUAUUGCAUGUAUUUUUAUUUUAAAGUAAUAAGUAUGAUCAUAAUCGUUCAAUAUUCUUAAUCUUAAGUUUAAAUUAUAUUUAUUAAUAUUUGUUACUGUUGUCAAAUACUUGAAUGUUAAUGGGUUAUUAGCAAUGAAUUGUGUUUUAGUUGAAUUGUUAGUCUUGUUGAAUCAUUUAACUGUACUUAUAUGGGCAAUUAAAAGACUAAACAUAAAGUUCAAAGUUAGAAAUCUGUAGGAGUAAUUACUACGGACAACAAAUUAAAAAGAGAAUAAAAACAAGUAAUACAA